GUAAAGGCCACCUCCCAAGCUUACAGCUCUCGGACAAUCCAGCCCUAGCGAGGCGAAACGCUGCUCGCCUAUUGAACAAAAUAAUAACAUGGCGCAUCAGAUGCCACGGGAUUAAAUGCGCGGAGGCGUCCGGGGUCCGUCGCGGUCGCCCGCGGCGGCGCCGGGCGGCGCCCCGGUGCUGCGCGAGUGCGACGUGUGCGGCACGCGCUGCGUCGCCAAGCGCUGCGGCCGCUGCGGUCGCCGGAGCUACUGCGGCGUGCGGUGCCAGCGUGAGGACUGGGCGUCGCACCGGGUUGCCUGCGGCGUCGCGCCGGCCGCCGCGUGCGCGGUGUGCGCGCGUGGGGGGACGACGACGGCGCCGCCAUGCGGCCACGGGUUGUGCGCGGCCUGCGAGUACGCGCUGUCGAAGCGACGCAAGCCCGGCCGGCCCAAGUGCCCGCGGUGCCGGGCGCCGGAGCAGUCGGAAAGCGCCCUUAUUCUCGAGGACGAGGUUCCACUGCUCCGCGCGCGGCACGCGGCCGUCGUCAGGACCGACGCCGCGGAGGCGCGGCGACUGCUCUCGCGGGCGGCCGAACGGUGCCGCGCGGCGCAGGCCUGGGAGGCAGCAGCAGCGCGGCGCGACGCUGGCCUCGAGGGUCGCCGGAGCUCAAGGCGCCACGCGGUUCUCGCGGACCUUGAGCUCGGCGAGGCGCUCCUGGGCCUGGGCGACUUCGACGGCCGGCCGCCGCGUGUGAUUUUUUGCGCGCUUUUUUGGGUCACUACCCCGAAACGUCGGACGCGCGCAGCGCAGGCGCGGCGACGUCGCUCGGUCGGGGCCUCCCGCUCGCCGAGGCGGGCGCGCCGGGCGAGCUCCCGGCCGCCACCGCCACCCUUUGGACGGGCCUCGCGCGGGCGCAACUCGAAAUCGGCAACGCCGCUCAAAUCCCGCGCCGAAUGUUUUUGUUUCCCUUUGCUCGUCGACGCGCCGGUCGCACAGGCGGGCGCGGCGCACAGCGCGACGAGGGCGACGGCCCGCGCCGACGCGCCCUGGCAGGCGCACCACACUCUCGGCGCGGCGCAGGACCGCCUCGGCGAGCUCCGCGCCGCCACCGCAGCCUACCGUGCGGCGCUGGCGAAAGUCGGCGCGCACGACGCCGAACGCGCCACCGUGCUCUUUAAUCUCGGCCGGUGCUGCCGCGCGUCCGGCGACCUCGGCGACGCUGUCGAAUGUCUCCGAGACUGCCUCGCGGCGAGUCCCGAGGACGGCGCCGCCGCCCGGGAACUGGCCGUCGCGCUCGAAGCCGCCGGCGAUUCCGAGGCCGCCGUCGCCACGCUUCGGAAAUAUCUCGUCCGGAGCCCCGCGGACCUCGAGACCACGCGGGCUCUCGGCGCGAUUCUUUUCUCGCGCGGCGACCUCCUCGCGGCGAGGGAGGUCUUCUAUGGCCUCGCGCACAGAGCUCCGGACGACGUCGAUGGGCUCGUGCGCCUCGGGCUCGUCCACGCGCGCCUCGGCGACGCGCGCGAGGCCGAGAUCCGCUGGCGCCGCGCGCUGGCGCUCGACCCGGCGUGCGUCGAGGCGCGCGCGAACCUUGCAGGCGUCAGAUCCCCCGCUGCCGCGGGACUUUGAUACUUGUAGUCCCUGGCAGUAUCUCGAGCUCGGGCGGGCCCUAGAGAGAGAGACACUUAUUGUGCCCACCCAAUGCCCACCCCUAGGUAGUACGGACCCCGAACGCAGCCGGCUACGGAUACGGGUAAAAGUGCACUUAUGGUAUGUGUAA